AUGGCGGAUGAAGGUGCUGGCUCAACCAGGCCUUCAAACAUUCUGUUUCGUAUUCAUGGUCAAGCAGGGGCUCACCAGGUGGUGAGUGCAAGGAAGGUGGUGAGUGCAAGGAAGGUGGUGAGUGCAAGGAAGGUGGUGAGUGCAAGGAAGAUGGUGAGUGCAAGGAAGGUGGUGAGUGCAAGGAAGAUGGUGAGUGCAAGGAAGGUGGUGAGUGCAAGGAAGGUGGUGAGUGCAAGGAAGGUGGUGAGUGCAAGGAAGGUGGUGAGUGCAAGGAAGGUGGUGAGUGCAAGGAAGGUGGUGAGUGCAAGGAAGGUGGUGAGUGCAAGGAAGGUGGUGAGUGCAAGGAAGGUGGUGAGUGCAAGGAAGGUGGUGAGUGCAAGGAAGGUGGUGAGUGCAAGGAAGAUGGUGAGUGCAAGGAAGGUGGUGAGUGCAAGGAAGAUGGUGAGUGCAAGGAAGGUGGUGAGUGCAAGGAAGGUGGUGAGUGCAAGGAAGGUGGUGAGUGCAAGGAAGGUGGUGAGUGCAAGGAAGGUGGUGAGUGCAAGGAAGGUGGUGAGUGCAAGGAAGGUGGUGAGUGCAAGGAAGGUGGUGAGUGCAAGGAAGGUGGUGAGUGCAAGGAAGGUGGUGAGUGCAAGGAAGGUGGUGAGUGCAAGGAAGGUGGUGAGUGCAAGGAAGGUGGUGAGUGCAAGGAAGGUGGUGAGUGCAAGGAAGGUGGUGAGUGCAAGGAAGGUGGUGAGUGCAAGGAAGGUGGUGAGUGCAAGGAAGGUGGUGAGUGCAAGGAAGGUGGUGAGUGCAAGGAAGGUGGUGAGUGCAAGGAAGGUGGUGAGUGCAAGGAAGAUGGUGAGUGCAAGGAAGGUGGUGAGUGCAAGGAAGGUGGUGAGUGCAAGGAAGGUGGUGAGUGCAAGGAAGGUGGUGAGUGGUGUUGCACCUGGUAACAAUUCCGCUCUCCACCUCUCCUCCCCUCCUGCCCUGCUCCUCGCCAGCACGGUGCCAUUCAAGAGUGCGCCGGGCAGCUACACUGCCAAGUUCGGCACGCUCUGUGUGCAACCCAUCCCGUUCUUCCUGCAUUCCGUCUCGCCGCCCGCGCUGCAACCCGAUGGGCUCUGGUACUUCAAUUCCUCCAUCACAGACAUUCCCAAGUGCUAA